AUGAAUAAGGAGUUUGAAAUGACUGAUAUGGGACGGUUACACUAUUUCCUUGGUAUGGAGGUACUGUAUGAGAAUGGAAACAUCAUUCUUUCUCAAAGAAAGUACAUGAGAAAUCUGUUAGAGAAGUAUAGAAUGACACAAUGCAAUACCGUGUCUACACCUAUGGAAUAUGGACUAAAGUUGUCCAAAGAUGAUCCAGAAGAUUUUGUAGAUGAAGGUAUAUAUCGAAGCCUAGUAGGAAGUCUGAUGUAUUUAACCAAUACAAGACCAUACAUCAUGUUUGCAAUAAGUAAAGUUAGCAGGUUCAUGGAAUGUCCAAAGAAGAGUCACUGGGAAGCAGCCAAACACAUACUAAAAUACAUCAAAGGGACACAAGAUCAAGGAAUUACAUAUUCUAGAGGAGGAAAGAAAAAUCUUGUGGGUUUUAGUGAUAGUGAUUAUGCAGGAGAUAUGGAUGAUAGCAAGAGCACUUCUGGAUACAUUUUUCACUUAGGAUCAGGUCCUAUUUCGUGGCAGUCAAAGAAACAAAAGGUGGUAGCACUGUCUUCAACAGAAGCCGAAUAUAUGGCAUGUCCUUGA